AUGAACGCCUUCGCCGCACAGAUGCAAGAGUUGGUCAGAAGCAACGACGCGAAGUUCGCAACCCUCACCGCACAGAUCUCCAGCCUACAGCAAGAGAGUCCGAUCAGAAAACGGAACCUCAUUAGUGACUUCCAAGAGGAGCGAGACCCGCAAUGCACAGCGGCACGGUCAGUAGUUCAGCAGUACCAGCAGACAGAGAGCCCAUCUCAGCACGUGCGAGCUCAACCAACAGCACGCGACCUGGAGAUUGAGCGGAUGCAGGCUCAACUGCAAGAGAUCAGUUCAAAGUUUCACCAAGCCACCAGCUCGGCACCCGAAAUCGACCGUAAGGACGCGAUUCAAUGCCAGUUGUUCGUCGAACACCUCGAAGGCAUUGCUCUAGACUGGUUCUCAAGAUUGGAGUCCGACUCCAUCGACAACUACAAUGAACUCUCGACGAAGUUCGCAAAGCAUUUCUCGAUGUUCAUCGGACAGAAAACUCGUAACUCCGAGCUGUGGGAGAUAUCACAGGGCGAGAAUGAGUCGCUCCGAGACUUCAUGGCACGUUUCAAGCAGAUCGUAGCACACUGCACAGUGGACGAUGAAGCCGCUCUCGAGGCUUUGUAUCAGAAAACGUGGUAUAAAUCCCCCUUUCACAAAGAGCUUCGCAGGAACAGACCGCUCACCCUCGAGAACGCGCUCCAUAAGUCAAACAUCUUCAUCGCGGAAGAAGAAGAAGAAGCCGCCAAGGAUCGGCAGUAUUCAACCCUAAAGUCAGGCAAAACGCCAACCCCCAAAGAGAGCUCGGAAACGAAGGCCCAGCCCGGGAAACCGCGCGGAGUAGUAAACCAAGCAGGACCGUCGAACCAGAGGACAGGACGACCUCCAAAAUCUUGGAACACAUGGCACAAGGACGAUGAUACGCCACUGAGUGAGCGUUUUUGCGAGUAUCACGAGCGAUAUGGGCAUAGCACGGAGGAAUGCCGACAUUUGAGGGAUUUCUUACUUCAACAGUUCCGCAAGGGCGAGAUCGACACCGCGGAUUUGCCUAAACCGGGACCUCGGCGGCCGAACCCGCGACCUAACAAACCUGGCAAUCAAGAAGCUGCCAAGGCAACCGACUCCGAUGACGAACAGGUCGCUCCCCCUAAACGAGACCGCGAAGCACCUAAUAGAGAGGCGAACGUGCCCAAAACCAGGAAGAAGGUCAAUAUGAUUAUGGGAGCCCUCGAAUCAUGCAACUACUCUGUCCGAGCCCUCAAAGAAUACAGUCGGCAAGCGUCGAGUUCACAACGCCAGACAACGGUCACAACCGUACCACUGUUAUUCACCGAAGCCGACCUGCGGGGAGUGCACAUGCCUCACAAUGAUUGCCUCGUCGUCGAACUCCAGCUCGGAGAUGUCGAAGUAAGCAGAAUCUUAAUCGACACAGGGAGCUCGGUAAACGUCAUAUUCAAAGAAACAUUAAAGAAUAUGGAUUUUCCGGACUCCGAGAUCAAGCCCUACAUGGAAUCAUUGACCGGGUUCACCGGAGAGAAAACAAGAACAGUAGGAACAGUGAAGAUACCCAUCUACGUCGGCGGGUCGGCUCGAAUGAUCAAAUUCUUGGUCCUCAACAAACCGGCGAUAUACAAUGCGAUUUUGGGAACGCCCUGGCUGUUCGACAUGAAGGCCGUCGCUUCAACGUUCCAUCAAAGCGUCAAGUUCCCAACCCCGUCAGGGAUUUUCACACUCAAAGGAAGCCAGACCGCGUCCCGAUUAUGCCAUCUCACUGAGUGCAAACUAAGCAUGGCACGGACAUGCGUCAUAAGCCCCUUUCAGGACGGUCGUACGGCCGCAGAAAGCCAGUUCGGUCCACCCAAGCAGAGCCAGGUCGACCAAGUCGGCAUUGACCCACCAGAUCCAACGAAAUGUGUCGGCGUAGGGGCCGAGCUCGACAACAGUAUCCGAGAAGCACUCAUCAGUUUCCUCCAGAAAAACGUUUCCACGUUCGCAUGGAAUAUCAGCGACAUGCCCAGAAUCAAUCCCGACAUCACUUGCCACGAGCUAAACAUCGAUCCCACAUAUAAACCUAUCAAACAGAAGAGACACAAGCUCGGACCCGAGAAGGCACGAGCAGUAAAUGAUGAGGUCGAAAAGUUACUCAAGGCCGGUUCGAUCACAGAGGUUCGAUACCCGGACUGGCUAGCAAACCCGGUAGUCGUGAAGAAAAAGAAUGGAAAGUGGAGGAUCUGCGUCGAUUUUACCGACCUGAACAAAGCUUGUCCCAAAGAUAGCUUCCCACUGUCACACAUUGAUCGGUUGGUAGAGGCAACUGCAGGCAACGAACUGUUGUCUUUCAUGGAUGCCUUUUCGGGGUAUAACCAAAUCCUAAUGCAUCCGGAUGAUCGGGAAAAGACUUCGUUCAUUACAGAUCGAGGGAUCUACUGUUAUAAGGUCAUGCCGUUCGGCCUCAAGAACGCGGGAGUCACCUAUCAAAGACUCGUGAACCGCAUGUUCGCCAGUCAGCUCGGAAAAACGAUGGAAGUAUACAUCGACGACAUGCUGGUUAAAUCCCUGCACGCUAAGGACCAUAUAUCACACCUAUCGACGUGUUUCGACAUUCUGAACGAGUACGGGAUGAAACUCAACCCCGCCAAGUGCACCUUCGGCGUGACAGCAGGCGAAUUCUUGGGUUACAUCGUCACCGAGCGCGGCAUCGAGGCUAACCCGAAGCAGAUAUCCGCAGUUCUAGACCUACCUUCUCCGACUUCAAAAAGGGAAGUGCAAAAACUCACAGGCCGAAUCGCCGCCCUGAACAGAUUUAUCUCCAGGUCGACGGAUAAAUGCCUGCUUUUCUACCAGUUGUUACGAGCUAAGCCCGAGCACGGCGAGACGCUCUUCUUAUACAUCGCUAUCUCGACAUCGGCAGUUAGCAGUGUUCUAGUUCGCGAGGAUAGGGGAGAACAGCGUCCAAUAUUCUAUGUCAGAAAAUCGCUAAGUGACGCCGAGGCCAGGUAUCCGACCUUAGAAAAAUUGGCGCUUGCAGUGGUAGUUUCUGCUCGGAAACUUCGGCCAUAUUUCCAGUCUCAUUCAAUUACGGUCUUGACCGACCAGCCACUCCGAACCAUUCUACAUAGUCCAAGCCCAUCAGGUCGUUUCGUGAAGUGGGCCGUCCUAAGUGAAUACGACAUAGAGUACAAGAAUCAAACCAGCGCAAAAUCCCAGGUACUCAUCGAUUUUCUUAUCGAACUUCCCAAAGAGUUCGUCGUCGAACAGCUGCCUCGCGAACUAUGGAUUCUGCACGUCGACGGAUCGUCAUCUCACCGGGGAUCAGGAGUCAGAAUUCGCCUCAAGUCCCCUAACGGCGAGAUCCUCGAACAGUCGUUCCGCCUCGAGUUCCCAGCAUCUAACAACGAGUCUGUGUACGAAGCCCUACUUGCCGGGCUGCGAUUGGCUGUCGAGCUCGGCGUACGAUAUCUUCACGCUUUCUGCGAUUCGCAGCUCGUCGCAAGCCAGUUAAGUGGAGAAUACACGACCAAGAACGAACGAAUGGACGCAUACCUAACAGCGACUAAGGUACUCAUCGCUAAGUUUGAGACGUUCGAACUCACGAAAAUCCCUCGCGGCGAGAACUCGUCCGCCGACGCGUUAGCCACCCUGGCAUCCAGUUCUGACCCGCAUAUGAAGAGAAUGAUCCCGGUCGAAAGUAUCUCAGAACCAAGUAUCCAAACCGCGCUGAAAUGUAAUGUUGCUACUCGCCGACUAAACUACGACGAAAAUCCGACCUCGGCAACGCAAAACAGGAAGUCGACCCGGACGAACAAGAACGCCGAGCACAAUCCAGAAGACCUAGCCGCCGAUCACGACUUCGAGCACAUAACCGAAGGACUCCACAGUCCGUCAACCAGCGAAAGCCAGGAAAGCGAGUCCGCCGAAGAUUGGACAGCCGAACUACGAGAGUACCUCCUCAACGGCAAAGUCCCCGAAGACAAAUGGGCUGCUCGCCGUCUGAAAGUCCGGGCUGCCCAUUACACAAUGCAUAAAGAUAAGCUGUUCCGUUGGAGUGCAUCCGGAGUACUCCUGGCCUGCGUUUCUGGGAAUGAAACAGUCGAAAUCAUGCGCGAAAUCCAUAAAGGGUCCGGCGGUAACCAUUCCGGAGGUCGAUCUCUCGCUCAGAAAAUAAAAAAAGCCAGCUAUUUCUGGCCGACGAUGAACGCGGACUGCAAGAAGUUUGUCAGGAAGUGCGAUAAGUGCCAGCGCCAUGGCCCAAUGAUUAACGUGCCGACCGAGCUGCUGCAAACCAGUACGGCCCCUUACCCGUUUAUGCGGUGGGCUAUGGACAUCGUUGGCCCUUUAUGCCGAUCAACAAAUCAAAAGCAGUAUGUCUUGAUUAUGACUGACUACUUCACCAAAUGGGUCGAGGCCGAAGCAUACUCGGAGAUUACCGCACUAGACGUACAAAAAUUUGUCUGGAAGUAUAUCAUUUGCCGACACGGGGUCCCGCACGAGAUCGUCACGGACAACGGACCACAAUUUAUUGCAGGGACGUUCAAUGAGUGGUGCGCAAAAUUCAAAAUUCGCCUUAGUUUCUCUACCCCGCGAUAUGCGCAAGGCAAUGGCCAAGCCGAGGCAACCAAUAAGACAAUCCUGGACGGCAUUAAGAAACGUCUCGAUGCUAAGAAAGGUACCUGGGCAGACGAGCUCGACGGAGUCUUAUGGUCGCACCGAACUACUCCAAGACGAUCGACCGGACAGUCACCUUUUUACCUAGCGUACGGACUCGAAGCCCUCUGCCCGGCAGAAGUGAGUAUUCCAACCCUAAGGUAA